AUGGAUUUGCACAACGAUCAGCACGCUGGAGCCUCGAUGACCAACGGAACGAUGAGUGAAGACACCAAAAACGGUAUUCUAAACAACAUUCCACGACCGCCAGUGAUUCCUCUCGAUAAGCAACGCCUGCAGGAGCUAGUGCACGAGGUGGACCCGAAUGAGCACCUAGAAGAAGAGGUAGAAGAUGUACUCCUUUCACUGGCAGACGAUUUCAUCGACUCACUGGUCACCUCCAGCUGUAUGAUUGCCAAGCACAGAAAGUCAAACACGUUAGAAGUGAAGGACGUGCAGCUUGCCCUCGAAAAGAACUGGAACAUGUGGAUACCUGGUUUUGGCGUCGAUGGAGUUGUUGGUGUGUACAGCGGCACAACAGGGACCGGUCAGGGUACCGGGGCAGCGGCUACGGCUGCAGCCAACUCUAAACCAAAGAAGUGCUUCACCACAGAAGCACACAAACAACGAUUAGCGCUUAUCAAGAAAACAAUCAAAAAGUUUUGA